CUAGCCGUAUUUUCAAUUGCACAGUCGUCGCGCACAGUUGUCGGAAUUGUCGUUGAGCGCUGACACGUUGAGCGCGCUUUUUGUUGUGUUGUCAUACGAAAAAAGUGGUCGGUUUGCAAAUAUUAAUCAAACAAUAAGAAACAGAAGUCUCUUAACGACGACUUAAUUAUAGAUAUAUUUCUUGCCUACGUUUUAAUCAUGACAUCAGGCAUAAGACCCAUCGAUGUGCUGCUGCAGCGUGCCGCUGUUCGCGGCCAUCAGCGCGCUCCAUCCGAUUCCAAGGAGUUCCACGAGGUAACCAAGCGCGAUGCACUGCGUCUGCUGGAGAACGAAGUGGAUCGCCUGCUGCAGACAACGGAGUCGGCGCGCCGUCCAGCGCUCCAAGCUGAAAUGGGUCGCUUUGCCGAUCUAUUCGGACGCUUUCUGCAAGAGGAGGGACCCUCGCUGGACUGGAAUAAAAUUCAAAAGCUGCCCGAGAAUGCGGUGAUGGACUACACCAAUCUCAAAUCGCCCAAAAACGAGCAGAUACGCCUGAUGCUGGACAAACUGGUGGUCAUUAAGCUGAAUGGUGGUUUGGGCACCUCAAUGGGCUGCCAUGGACCCAAGAGUGUCAUUCCCGUGCGUUCCGAUUUGACGUUCCUGGAUCUGACGGUGCAGCAGAUCGAGCAUCUGAAUAAGACAUAUGAUGCCAAUGUGCCGCUGGUGCUGAUGAACUCAUUCAACACGGACGAAGAUACGGAGAAGAUUGUGCGCAAGUACAAGGGAUUCCGUGUGCAGAUACACACCUUCAAUCAGAGCUGCUUUCCACGCAUUAGUCGCGAGCAUUUCCUGCCUGUCGCCAAAGACUUUGAUGUGGAAAAGGAUAUGGAGGCCUGGUAUCCACCUGGUCACGGUGAUUUCUACGAUACGUUCCGUAACUCGGGCCUGCUGAAGAAGUUCCUUUGCGAGGGUCGAGAAUACUGUUUCCUCUCCAACAUUGAUAAUCUGGGCGCCACCGUCGAUCUGAACAUCCUCAAUAAGCUGGUGGGCGAGGAGCGUGCCACCACUCCCCCAGAAUUCGUUAUGGAGGUCACCGACAAGACCCGUGCUGAUGUUAAGGGUGGUACUCUUAUUCAAAUGGAGAACAAGCUGCGCUUGCUGGAAAUCGCUCAAGUGCCCCCGGAGCAUGUGGAUGACUUCAAGUCCGUGAAGACCUUCAAGUUUUUCAAUACAAACAACAUUUGGGCCAACCUCUCAGCUAUUGAUCGUGUUCUGCGCGAACGCACGCUCAACAUGGAGAUUAUUGUUAACAAUAAGACACUGGAGAAUGGACUGCGUGUCAUUCAGUUGGAGACAGCUGUGGGUUCGGCGAUGAAGUGUUUCGAUGGCGCCAUUGGCAUCAAUGUGCCCCGUUCCCGUUUCUUGCCCGUGAAGAAAUCGUCUGAUCUGCUUCUGGUCAUGUCGAAUUUGUAUACGCUUAAGAGUGGCAGCCUGGUGAUGUCGCCACAACGCAUGUUCCCCACCACACCCCUGGUUAAGCUGGGCGAGAAUCAUUUCUCCAAGGUGAAAGAGUUCUUGGGCCGCUUUGCCAACAUACCCGACAUCAUUGAGCUGGACCAUUUGACGGUCAGCGGUGAUGUUACCUUCGGACGUGGCGUCUCCUUGCGCGGCACUGUAAUUAUUAUUGCCAAUCAUGGUGAUCGUAUUGAUAUACCCGCCGGCGCCAUACUGGAGAAUAAAAUUGUGUCUGGCAACAUGCGCAUCUUGGAUCAUUAAUCGGCAGCAAUAUAUACAUGUGAUUUGCGAGAAUCUGUCGUUAUCUCUGUAGCAUAAUUAACUAAGUUUAUGUAGUAGCCAUGUUCAAAAGUUCAAAAUUUCGAGUUUCAUGUAGGCAGUUGUUGUAAGCACAAAGUGUCAUUUAGCGAGGCCGCACCACAUACAUCCAUAUAUAUAUAAAAAAAAGAAGAGUCUCUUGAUUUAUAUAUAGUUAAGUUUGAAAUGUGCUUUCAAAAUUUUUGAAAAACCGCAAAACUUGUUUGAAAUUAAAUAAAGGCGUAUUUAUAUCUAGACGAAAGAUGUAUUUUGUAAAAUGA